AUGGGAGUUCAAAUGAACAUGAAGAAUAAAAUGUCUGGUAACAUCAAAGUGAUAUCAAAAACUGUGCCCAUCCAAGUAGUGCCUGCCAAGAAUGAUUUAGACCCAGUGGCAAGAGGGAGAAAGAUCAUACUUCAACUGCGUCACAUCAUACAUUUUGAAUCAAGUAUUGGAAUCAACCGACUGUAUUUGCUUUACCAUCGUAGAUUAGUGCUCUGGCUGAAUCACUUAUUUAGCGUUUUUUUUAUGUCCAUUGCCGUUUAUUGCGUACUUCGAAAUCGCUCUGAGUUGACCGCUACUUACAUGGUCAUAGUUAAUACCACUUGCGUCGAAUACCUCUGCCUUGUGAUCAUAUCUAUGUUGGCUAAAAAGAGUUCCUUCAGAAACUUUUUCGAAGAUUUGGCGCACUUCGACAGUUUACUGAAUUUGAAUGGAGACUUGAAAAUCACCAGUCCUUCUGGCAGAGGUUUGGCGUGGAUUGUGGCCAGUGUUUUGUACAGCAUAUGCGAAUUUUUCUCACUGUCCACGUAUAUGAUUCAAAAGAUAGAUUACUCGUUUAUGCUGACGUAUAUCACGUUGGUGGCUCAUGAUUGUGAGCAGAUUUUGUUUUGUUCGGUGCUAAGGAUGAUCUUGAUCCGGGUUCGGAUAUUGAAGGCGCACGUUUUGAAGACACUAGUGCCGAAAAAUAGCAGAGAAGCGAAGAAGAAACUGCUAGAGGUCGAAGCGUUGUCGUAUAGGGCACAACUCGAUAUAGGGACCUUGCAUCGAAACUACGAGUUGCUGCACAAAUGCGCCGAACAACUUAACUCGAUAAUGAGUUUGCCGAUGAUGCUAAUGCUGUUUUGCUCGGGACUGUCGACGACGAUGCUGUUGAGGCAAUUAUUUAGAGUGUUGCAAAGUACUACGUUUGAAAGUGGGAUGGGCAGUGGCUUAAUCGCAUACGUGUUAAGCCGUUGCCUGCGGUACACGUUACUGGUGGUGAUGCCGUGCCUCAUCUCAAGCACGACCACAACCCAAGUGGCUUGUAUCCGAACCACCCUACACGACGCUAUGAACCAGUUUGACAUUGAUAAGGCAGAUCGCAGACGAGUGAAAGCAUUUUUUCAGCUGACAAAAGAAAAUGAAUUUGCCUACGCCUUAUGGGGACUCAUAAGACUUAACAUGUCGCUACCAUUGAGCUAUUUGAGUCUGUGUACAACGUACCUUGUUAUUAUUAUACAGUUUUCAAAGUUUAUUGAUUAG